UGCCCCGGUAACCCGGAAGUUUCACGUUCUCCACGCGCUUCGGAGCUCAGAGUCCUUCCUGUUUAAGACGUUUCAAGGAAGCAGCAGCAGCAGCAGCAGCAACGACUGGACAGUCGCGUACGCUGGUGGAUGCGUCUGAGGGGUCUGUGGGAGGGGGAGGACCAAUGCGCUCUCACCUUGCUGCCAUACCUGAGCUGUGCGUACUGUGGAUCGCUAUGGCCCAGAUAGCUGGUCAGGAGGACAGAGAGAAAACUACUGCACUCAAAGACUUGCUGUCUAGAAUAGACUUGGAUGAACUGAUGAAGAAGGAUGAACCUCCUUUCACUUUCCCCAAAACACUGGAGGAGUUUGAAUAUGCCUUCAAUGAAUAUGGCCAGCUCAGACAUGUAAAAACCGGAGAGCCCUUUGUGUUCAAUGCCAGAGAGGAUCUCCACCGCUGGAACCAGAAACGCUACGAAGCUCUCGGAGAGAUCAUCACUCAGUAUGUUUACGAGCUUUUGGAGAAAAAGUGCAACAUGACUAAAGCCAUCCUGCCAAUGGAUGCUACCGAAGAUGAAGCCACCACUUUCAUCUACUUGAGCCCAGAUGCCUUAUCCAACCCUUCGAAGCUGCUGGUGCUGAUCCAGGGCAGUGGUGUGGUGCGGGCCGGUCAGUGGGCACGUAGGCUCAUCAUCAACCAGGACCUGGACUCAGGGACACAAAUCCCCUUCAUCACCAGAGCCGUAGAGGAGGGCUACGGUGUGAUGGUGCUCAACCCCAAUGAGAACUACCUGGAGGUGGACAAACCAGCCGUGUUCUCCCCUCUGCCCUCCCCUACUGAACCGUCCGACGAGCCCGCUGAAAAGAGGGAACGCAAAGACGAUAAAGAGGGCAAAAAGAGAGAAUUUUACGAGAAGUACCGGAACCCACAAAAGGGAACAGAGUCUCGCCAACCCCCUUAUAGAGAAAAUGGUUCCUCGGAGGAACACGUGCUGUACGUGUGGGACCACUUUGUGUCCAGAGCCGCAGCCAAGAACGUUUUCAUCGUGGCCCACAGCUACGGAGGGCUGUCUUUCGUUGAGCUGAUGAAUCAGAGGGAAAUGCAGGUGAAGAACAGAGCGUGCGCUGUGGCUCUGACUGACUCGGCUCACAACAUCUGGCUACAGGAGACCAGCAAAGGCACGCAGGACUGGAUGCAGCAGCACUGUUGUAACUGGGUGUCGAGUCCGGAGCCCCUGGACACACUACUGGAUCCCAUGCUGCCAGACUGCCCCCGGGUCUCCGCAGGCACAGAGCGCCACGAGCUGACCUCCUGGACGAGUUUCAACUCCAUCUUCAGGUUCUUCACUGCAAUCCUGGAGGCAAAAGAGGACGAGGAGGUGGUGGAGAACUCCAACAUUGUCACCACACGCAGCAGCUCCCUCAAAAACAAACACCAAGAUUUGUAGAGGGGUGAUAAAAAUGACUGAAGAAGAUUGCAACGGGUCAAAGGGGGGAAUGCAAAAAGUGAAGCUUUACACUUCCAGAUCCUCUCUGCUAUUUUUUCCCCUCCGUAACCCCCCUCCAUCUUCCUCUUCUUAUUGUUCUCCCUGAGUGUCAUUACACCCUUCCAGCCUCCCCUGGCUGUGCGCACACACACACACACACACACACACACAACCUUGUUGUGGUAAGAGACAAGAGUGCAGGGUCACCAUGUAUACAUCAAAAUAACGCUUUGCAUUACUUCUAGAUGAGUGCAACUCUCUCAAAGCGAUACGGGCUUGAGCGUUAGCGCUGGUGGCCUGGCUGCGGGUGCGGGCCACGGCAACAGAGAUUAAGGCUGACAGGCGCUGUGUACAACGCGCUGUGGUGGUGCACCUCUAAUUGUCCUGACAUCCGCCCGAACUGAGCUACUGCCCCGCCUGCCCUCCAGUCUGCACUGCUCAGCCCCCCCCCCUCCCUACCCUUCCUGGUGCUAAUGCCUGGGCUUCUUACACCAACAUCAUCUCAGCUCGGGUUCAAUUUCAUUUCGACCUGACCAGCGCCCAUCUUCUGCUUUCUCUUUGAAAAAAAGCCCUUACUUACUGCAAAGGUUUGCAGGCGAUACUCAUUCUUACCCGUUGAUGAUUUGUUUCGUUUGAACAAAGGGAGUUGUUUUCACAACAUCUCUGUUUUAAUCUGGACUUUCCUCAUUCAGCUGUGUGUAAAAUAUUGUUCAUAUAUCCAGACAUUUCUGGAAUUGCAGUGCUUAAAAUAAGACACUAUUUGAUUUCUUUCUAAUAAUAAGCCAAUACUUAGACAAUAUUUAGAAUUAUUUGCAAAACUGUGGAGAGUCCAUUUCUCUCUGUUUAUUAUAAUUAUUACAUUUUUUUGUUUCCAUAUGAUAUCCUUGGUAUUGGUGUCCUUAGAUGAGUAAAUGUGAUGAAACAAAUAAUAAAAAAUACACAACCUGUGCUGAAUAUGGAAAAUGCAGGACACUGAGCACAUUUAAAAUUACUUAAAGUCAAGCAUCAAAAUGGGUUUGAGGGAUUUCUCAUUUUAACAGGAGCCAGAAGUCAGACAACACUCAUAAAGCCUCAAUAUAUCGCCUUACAUGUGUCAGGAAAUCCAAGAUUUCAAUAUUAUUCUAAGCCUGAAUGAUAUUUCUUUAGAUGUUUGAAAAAUGUAACAUAUCUAUUUUUUCCUCCCACCCAAGCACUCUUAGAAGUGACAAAGUCAGCUCCCCGCUCAGCUGCACGUAAUCUGUCUAUGUGACACAAACAUGAUAUAAAUGUUCCACAAGACUGGUGUGCUUUAUAAACCACUCAAGGCUUAAUGGAAUAUAUUUCUAAUGUGUCGUGACAUUAGUAAAAACCUCCAGCCGGAUUCUAAAUCUUAUGAUACCUUAGACGCAUUCUCAAAUUUGGACCUUUUCUUUUCGUACUUGGAAUAGCUGCCAUUGUUUAACUUUUACACUGUGAAACCCUACCUUUCCUGUCCACUGUGUGCAUGGUUUAAGGCUUUUGUGGAUUAUCUUUCCGCUGUAAUGAGACAACCGCGGCUGAUGGUUGCAGGCCUAAUUUGCUUUUAAUUUGAUUCACAUCUCUCCAGGUUUCCGGCACAGAAGUUUGCUUAUUAUUUGAUUUGAUGAGUUUAGUUCAGAGAUACCAUUGCUCAUUUUUCGGCUUCAAUCAGUUCAUUUUUCUCUCCGUGGUUUGUAUAUUGUUGCCUUAGGAAUAAACAAGACUAUGUUCACUGUUUUUGAUAAUAUCCAGUAAGCCAUGUGCAAACGGAAAAGAUGCAAGAGCAGCACAAAUCCAAAGCACAGCGUGCAAAUGAAAGGGGGCUCAUUUUAGUCUUUAUACAGAUGAUGUAAAUGCAAUAUUGUCUAAAGAACAGCUCUGUUUUCUUUUAUGGCGUAUGUUUUGGAUUUCAUGAAACCAAGAGUGUCCAGCUUGGUCAUUUUUGUUAUCUCAGUCUCGAGUUUUGGUUUUAAACUGAUCUUUGCAUGAUCCUGUUUUAAAGUGAUUAAGAGUGUCCUAAAACGAUUUUAAAAUUUAUUUUAGUUUUUUUAAAUAAACCUGUUGAACCUGUUAAAAGCAAAUAAAAUUAAGUUUUGCUUCUUGCCUGUUAAACUAAA